GCUGGACCCUCCCGCCAGAUGACAGCCGCCAAGAUGGGGGCUUGGGCCCUGCUGUGGCCUCCCCUGCUGCUGGCACUGCUCACGGUGCUGCCUGGCCAGUCCCCAGGAGCCACAGCCCAGGUCCAGGUCUGCUCUGUGGACAAGACUUUCCUCCAAGUGGAGGAGAACUCGAAUAUCACAGAGCCCCUGGUGAACAUCUCCAUCCCGGAGGGCCAGCAGGUGACCCUCGGACCUUCAUCCACACCAUCUGCAUUUCGGAUCCUGGGAAACCAGCUCUUCCUCAACGUGAUUCCUGAUUAUGAGGAGGACUCGAUGCUGGAGGCUCACCUGGAGUGCAGGAGGGGGGACACGGUGGUGACGCAGCUGAGGGUGUUUGUGGUGGUGCUGGACAUCAAUGACAAUGCCCCAGAGUUCCCCUUCACCACCAAGGAGCAGCAGGUGGAGGAGGACACCAGAGUGAACUCUACAGUCAUCCCCGAGGCAGAACUACAGGCCACCGACCGUGACAAAGACAGCAUCUUAUUCUACACGCUGCAGGAAGUGACCCCGGGUGCUGGCAGCUUCUUCUCCCUAUUGGGAGUAAACCGACCUGCCCUGAGGCUGGACCGCGCCCUGGACUUCUACAAGUGGCAGAACAUGACCUUCCAGCUGCUGGUGCGGGACACAAGGGAAGAACAUGUGACACCCAGCCACACGGCCACUGCCACCCUGGUCCUGAAGGUGCUGCCGGCUGACCUGCGGCCACCCUGGUUCCUGCCCUGCUCCUACUCAGAUGGCUAUGUCUGCAUCCAGGCCCAGUACCAGGGGGCCAUCCCCACAGGACACAGACUGCCAUCCCCCCUCACUCUGCGUCCUGGACCCAUCUAUGCUGUGGAUGGAGACCAAGGCAUCAACCAGCGCGUGAUCUACAGUAUCAUAGGGGGAAACGAGGACAACACGUUCGCCAUUGGCCCAGAUUCUGGCAACCUCACCAUGACCAAGAGCGUCCCCAGCCCCACAACCUUCCUCUUGGUGGUCAAGGGUGAACAGGCUGAUCUGGCCCGCUACUCAGUGACCCAGGUCACUGUGGAUGCCCACCAGGCCACUGGGAGCCAGCUCUACUUCCCCCAGAGCCUGUACCGUGGCACGGUGGCCCCUGGCUCUGGGGCUGGUGUGGCCGUCAAGGACACUGCCUCCCCCUCUCAGCCUCUGAGGAUCUGGGCUCAGGACCCUGAGUUCCCGAACCUCAACUCGGCCAUCACCUAUCGAAUCACCAACUGCUCGGAGUUCCAGAUGUCUGGGGAGACCGUGCUGACCACCACGGCAAUACAGCAAGCGGGGGUCUUCUACGCAGAGGUGGAGGCCAAGAACACCGUGACCGCGGGCGUAGCCACCACUGUUGUUGAGAUUCGUGUUUCGGGGCAAGAGCCCCCCUCCACAGAGCCCCCCACAUCCCCAGAGACUGGAAGAACAACUGGGCCCUGGAUCAGCACCACGUCGGAAGCCCCCAGCCUCCCUGGGAUGUCUCAGGGACCCUCAACAACCAGCUCUGCAGGUGGGAGUGGCCCUCGUCCACCCUCAGGCACGACUCUGAGGCCACCCACCUCAUCCACACCCGGGGGGCCCCCCAGUCCGGGAGUGGUCCCCUCCCCCACACCCUGGACGCCCAGUGGGGACUCAGCACAGACCCAGAAGCCAGGGACCUCCCAGCCCACAGCCCCCAGUACCGGAGUGGUCACCUCCCCUGGACCAGCCACGCCCGGUGGGGGCUCAGCACAGACCUCAACACCAGGGACUUCUUCAACGACCACCCCCAGUGUGGGAACAGGCACGUCCAGACCAGCCACGCCCGGUGGGGGCUCAGCACAGACCCAGAGGCCAGGGACCUCCGGGCCCACAGCCCCUGGGCCCAGCAGCAGCCCCCCGCCCUCAGGGAUACCAGGAAGCAGCACUGCAGAUGUCGCAGCAGAGGGUGGCCCUAAGGAUGACCAGCGCUUCUCCACAGUGGACAUGGCGGUGCUGGGAGGGGUCCUGGGUGCGCUGCUGUUGCUGGCCCUCAUGGGCCUGGUUGUCCUCAUCCACAAGCACUAUGGUCACCGACUGAAUUGCUGCUCUGGGAAAGUUUCGGAGCCCCAGCCCCGUGGCUUUGACAAUCGGGCCUUCCUGGGGGAUCACGAGGCUAACUGGGCACCAGCCCCAAGCUCUGGGACGGGCUCCAAGUCUGUGGAGGUGCCACCUGAGUCGCCCAGCCCCGUGUCCCCUGGCCCUGAGUCCCCUAGCUCGGAGUCCCCAGGCCCUGCCCCCCUCGCCAGUGCCCACGAGUCCCCUGCGGCCGCCAGGGCUGGGGACAGCCCCUCGGCUGUGAGAUCCAUCCUGACCAAGGAGCGGCGACCCGAGGGCGGCUACAAGGCCGUGUGGUUCGGCGAGGACAUCGGGGCUGAGGCCGACGUGGUGGUCCUUAACGCACCCUCCGUGGACGCGGACGGCGCGGGCGACUCGGGCAGCGAGGGCAGCAGCGACCAGGUCGCUGUCCGGGACUGGGGUCCCCGCAGCGCGCCCGACGACGACGACGAUGACUCCACCUACAUCUAGCGAGGCCCCUCCGCUCGCCCCCAGCAGGUCUGGACCCGGGGGUCUGCUCUGCCCCCCACGUCUUUCCGCAGAAUAAAAUUUCAUUUUCCA